CUAAUCCAAAACGGCGGCCCAAGCCCAUACCAUUCGCGUGCAGCAGCUGGAUUCACCAUCAUCCGAACCCAAUCCCCGGGCCCAGAGACCUUUUCAAUGGAGUAUCAUAUCAUCAUAAGACCUUUUGACUUAGACCAAUCCAACGGUUCACAUCAGACAACCGAAUCACUUGUCUAGCAACGUGGACGGUAAGGAUAACAUCAAGCAAUAACCAUCACAAACACUGGUGAUUGGACACGUGUCGGGACAGGUGGCAGCUCACGCUAUCAGCGUGUCGUCAUCUCCCGCCUCAUUCUUAGUCCUCGCCCAUACGCGCGGAAGCUAACGAUAAUCACGAACCCCACAUGAAAUUCCUAGAUUGCCCUUCGGUGAAAUGAUUUAUUACAUCCAUAUCCAAGUUUUCCUCCCCCGCUACACGACAAAAAACGACCCUGAUAAAACCACACCACCAUCCUCCUCUCCCAAAAAUUUCAGCUCGUCUCUUUGAUGAUCUCGCCGGAAACCAUGGCGAAUCCAGCGACGAGCUUGCCACCAGGAUUCCGAUUCCACCCUACUGAUGAGGAGCUCAUCCUGCACUACUUGCGUAACAGAGCUUCAUCGGCGCCGUGCCCGGUUUCCAUCAUCGCAGAGGUCGAUAUAUACAAGUUCGAUCCUUGGAUCUCCCACGUAUCCAUGGCGAAGUUUGGGGAUCGAGAAUGGUAUUUCUUUAGCCCUAGAGAUAGGAAGUACCCGAACGGCGUGCGGCCGAACCGAGCGGCUGCGUCGGGGUACUGGAAGGCCACCGGCACUGACAAGCCGAUCCACACGAGCUCUAGCAACGUGAACAUCGGCGUGAAGAAGGCUCUGGUGUUCUACAAAGGGAGACCUCCCAAGGGUCUCAAGACCAACUGGAUCAUGCAUGAGUAUCGCCUUGCCGAAGCUCAGAGCAACAGCCAUACUUACAGACCCAUGAGGCUCAGAGACUCUUCCAUGAGGCUGGAUGAUUGGGUCUUGUGCCGAAUUUACAAGAAAAGCAACCAUAUUUCUGUUGAUCAGCCAUCAAUGGACAGAGAACAAGCUGAAGAUUCAAGCUCUGAAGAUGUUCACUUGUCAACAUCCAGCACUGCAAACACUGUGCAACCUAAACAACCUCUUGACCUGCAUAAAUCUUCAUCUUUGUCAGAGCUUCUCAAUCUCUUGUUUGACAACCCUUCUGAGAUACUAGGAGCUGAGCCAGCAGCAGCAGGAGGAGGAGGAGGAGGAGGAGGUAAUUACAGUGGUGCAAUCAUGGGUCAUAGUACUAACGCAACAAGCUCCAACCAAGCUCAGUUCAUCAGUAACAGCAGUGGCAAUUACAAUGCUUACUUUUACCAAAGGCACACACAUAAUGAACAACAACUACCUGCUUUCUUGUCUGACAACUCUCUGAAACGCCAGAGACCUGAAGAUCAAGGUCUCAUGCAGCCACCAAAGAAGCUGAACAGUUCAUGCAUUAACCCCAGUUUCAGCAACCAGUUCAGUGGCCCCCAGUACAAUUUAUUAAGCCACCAGCCACUGCUGAAUCAGCAGAUACUCUUGGACUCUCACUUGAGGUUACACUGAGUUCUAAUUGACUGCAUGAAUGAAAUACUUUGAGAAUUUUAAGUAUAUGGUUUGAAGAAGAAGAAGAAGAAGAAGAAGAAGAAUAGAAGAACCAAAGAAUACAGGAUUGCUCAUUUUUUGUACAGAAAAAGGCAGGCUAGUGUCAAUCAAAAAAAGAAAUUCUUUGGGAGAAUGUAAGUGCAGUAGAUGUAGAAGAAUGGGAUUGUGGAUACUAUAGUGUUUCUUAUACUUGUUUAAUAAAAAGGUUUAAGAGUAUGUUGUGGGAUUUGAGUUUGUCAGUAGAAUCAAAAGGAGUUAAGAAGUGACAUUUGUUCAGA